ACAGAGUAACCUUUCGCUACUAGGGAACGCGCCACGCCAGCUCAGCAAAUAUGGACGACGAUUUCCCGCCAAUGCUAGACGUCCCGGGCUUCGGCAUUCAACUACCAGGCAGCAAUGCGCCUGACAGCAACCUCAACUUCCUCACGGACAGCGGCACGGCCAACUUCGGGCAUGUGGCGGUGGGGCGCGGGGGGCUGCGACUGGGGGACCAGCGCCAGCAGCAGGACGACUCUCUACGGCUGGCAGACUUGAAGCAGUUGGAGCUGCUAGGGCGGGGCGCGAGUGCGUCGGUGUACCUGGUGCAGCACGCGGGGACGGGGCAGCAGUACGCGCUGAAGGACAUGCAGCUGAACAUGGACGCGGACGUGCAGCGCAUGGUGGGCAACGAGCUCCGCAUCAACCACCAGUGCCACUCCGACCACGUCGUCCGCUGCUUCCAGGCGUUCGUGGACAACGGGCAUCUGUUCAUAGUGCUAGAGUACAUGGAUGCGGGCUCCCUUGCCGAUGUGUUGCAGCUGGUGGGGCGCAUCACAGAGCCCUUCCUCGCCUCCAUCUCGCGCCAGGCGCUGCAGGGGCUGAGGGACCUGCACCAGCGGUACCGCGUGAUCCACCGGGAUAUCAAGCCCAGCAACAUGCUGCUCAACCGCGCGGGGUGCCUCAAGAUCAGCGACUUUGGCGUCAGCCGCGUGCUGGAGAACAGCUACGAUGUGGGCAACACGUUCGCUGGCACGUACACGUAUAUGUCGCCCGAGCGCAUUAGCGGGCAGUCGUACGCGUACAACAGCGACGUGUGGGCGUUCGGGCUGAGUCUGCUGGAGUGCGCCAUAGGCCAGUACCCCUACCGCCCGGCGGCGGGCGGGUCGUUCAACUACUUCCAGCUGCUGCAGGAGAUCUCCACCUCGCCCGCUCCUGUUGCCCCGGCCGAUUUCUUCUCACCCCAGUUCUGUGACUUCAUUGCGCUCUGCCUUCAGAAGGACCCCAGCCAGCGACCAUCAGCAGAGCAGCUACUGACGCAUCCGUUUGUCCAUCUACACGGAGACGUCAGCCUUACCCCGCUCGUUGGGGGCGAGUGAUGCGGCAGCGUAGAAAGAGUCCGGGUUGGGAUCACCAGUAUCGUUUUCUUUUUCUCCUCUUUUUAUUAUUCCUCAUGCUUGUUGCCGAUCACUGAUUCCUGGUUGACUAUCAGCCCAGCUGUCAUUUGCGAAUCAUCGCCUAUUGAUCAUUUUCCUUAGCUCUUGCUUCUCAGAUAUCCGUUGACCAGCUUC